AUGAGUCGUCAUAAUAUAAAUAAUGUAAAUGAUGCAGAUAGGAAUUCAGACUAUAACACUAAUGAUAUAGGUAGAAAUUUAGAUAAUGUGACAUAUUCAUUAUCUAAUUUGAUAAAUACUACCUCAACUCCUAAUAUAUCUGUAUCACAAAACAAUAGUGAUAUUAGUAUGCUCGAUAUAGAAGGUAGCCAAUCACCUUCCUAUAUAGAAAAUAUAAAUGAAGAGGAUUAG